AUGACCUGUGAUAAUAGUGUGGAUUUUGACUCUGUUGUGAAUUUAGAAGAAAAUUUUUAUAGAGAUUCCUAUCAUAAUGCCCAUGAAAUUGGCUUUGAACACACGAAACUUGACGGUAAACAAUUUGGAAUUCAAACAGGGUUUCAAAGGUUUGUCUUGUUAGGUGCCCUGAAAAAAUUCACCCAAUUAGUGGAUGAGGAAUUACAAAAUAAUGACGAUUUGCCAAACAAAAUUUCAGACAAGAUGCUGAAAUCAAUCAAUGAAAUUUUAAAAUUAUCUCAAGGUUUUUACAGUGAUGGAUUGAUAGAAACCUCAAAUACCCCGGCAGACGUGGAAUCAUACGAAAAACAAAUGAAAUUAAUAAAAUCAAAGGCUAAGAUACUUUACUCUAAAUUAGGUUAUAAAUCGAAAUUCUCUGAUUUGGAAUCCACUUGUCGCUCGCUCUCUGGGGAUAUCCCCUCCACUCAAAUCAACACAGGUGAUGAAAAUGACAUGUGGUGA